UCCCCCUGUAAGGUUCUUUGGCGAUCUGGUUCGAUAGUUAGGGGUCCGCGAUCCGUAUGUUGUACUUUUCGAUUGAACAAUCAGACACUAGACGCUACAGGCUCAAAGCUGUAGCGAGCCAUGCGUUGCGGUACCCUCGCGCGGUAUCGCCUAUACGUCACCCGAAGCAGCGUAUCCUUUAUUGCUUUCUCGAGAACGCAUCCCAACUUUUUUCUGUAGCUCAUCUCGAGGUGAGAAGCAAAUCUCGUUUCUUAGGUUCGAAUUUAGCUACAGCGCUCCCGGUUGCGUAACCCUCGUUGGCGAGCCAGGGGCCCGGAGCCGAGGGGUCUGUGCUGCACGGUUUUGUUGCCUUAGUUGUAUUCAUCAUCAGAGCGAUCCAUUCUUUCUUUGAGUCACUGGGAAUCCUCCGAACGCAACUUAUCAAACAGUCCUAAGCUCGGUAGGCAGUUGCCUACAACACAGUGAGGGAUAUUCUCUGCAUCGAUAAAGGACCAUCCCCGUUGAGUUCGCUCUGCUUCUCCAUUCUACGGAGGCGUUGCUACGCCCCAGGAAAUUGCUAACCCCAUGUCUGGUUUCAGUCUAUUGUCACUUUGCCUCUAGUUGAGCCCUCCUUGGCUUCAGUGCCCUUCGGCUUGACGGGCAAGGUGAUUCUUCUCUUCAUCGAGGAAAAUCUCAACCAACCCGACGUGUCAAUUUGCAACAGUUCUGAUACCCCAAUCAGCUGUCAACAAGGGCGGGUCUAGUCUGACAACGGAGAUUCACAUCAGUGGCCAAAAGGCAACCUAGAUACUCGGUUAUUUUCGUCUUCUUUUUGAUUUUGCUGCUCGCUUUCUCACGGUGUACGAAUGAGGGGCUUUCACCGAGGGAGGUGGCCCUUUUCACAGGCUACCCGCGUCUCCCGGAACGCGUGUGUGUCACUGCCACACGUCUUGCCCGUCUUUUUGUUAACCACCGGUGACGUUCUGUGGAUCGGCGCUUCCCUGCUGGCAGGUGCCAGCGAGUGGACAGCGGGCAUGGAAGUGCAAGUACGACGACUAGAAACAGACGCUGACAAAAACGGUGAUGGUUCGCAGGACAAUAGCCAGACUACAACUGUCCAGCCAGAAGAUGGCAGCACGGAAGAAAGCGUCGUCAAAGGAGGUCAUAUCGCGGUUUUCGUUGCUGUGGGAGUCUGCGUUAUUUGCGCUCUCUGCAUGUGUGCAAUGUACGCGUAUCAGAAAUGGACAGGCGGGAUCUCGGAGGAAUCGCAGCGCAGAUCCCAUCUUGCGGAACAUUCAAAUGACCACAGCUCUCCAAACCUUGAAGCUGGAGAAGGGAGACCCUUGCGAUCGGCACUAGUCAAACAUGGAACGAAGGGCCGGAGAGGUCAAACAAAAGGGACAGUUUCCACGUUCAUCGCGGACACGCACCUUGGAGAUCCGCUUAAAGAAGCCCCCACUCUCGUUACCCUGGACACCGCCCGCUGGACUGCGAAUACUUCUCUCAGCAAAAAAAGUUUAGCGUCUGUGCCUUCGCGAACUACGGACGAAGAUGUGCCCCUCCCUCCGAUUGGUGAGAGAUAACCAAGCUGUGGAGCGCCUGAUGUUGCAAGGUCGCCGUGAUGUGUCAUCAUUGCUGGGCUGGGAAUGGCGUCGACUGAAACGAAAGAGAGCUGCAUCGUCAAAAGUGAAUGGCAAGAAAAGUAGGCUUGCAACACAGAUGGAGAAAAUGAGAUCCGGACAGUAGUGUGAAGCUGCGGGGCACGCGACUGUAUAAUCCUGGGGAUGUGAAAUGCUGAGGAGACACGAUAUAGCAGAGUUACAUACCGGACACAAAACAACGUCAGCCCCACAAUUGUGGAGCUUCUAUGACUCCAUAAACAAGCGGCCGUGUGAGCACCGUUGCUCAACAGGAGGGAACAAAGGCAAGGCAAACAAAAUCCACUUUGUCUUCUUCUGCCAUGCUGACGAGGGUGUGCUCCAAUGCGUGGAUGUCCCAUGGUGACUUUGAAAAGAAAAACUCGAGGCUUCCCGCCGCCGUUUUCUUCGCAGCAAUGCUGCAUUGAGAACUAGCGUUCAUGCCCAUGAGUAGACAGGCCCGCCUUGUUAAAGAAGAAACAGCUUCGGGAAGAUCAGUUCUGGACAGGAAGGGAGCUGAGCUGUGACACAAACAGCUCAGGUGGAUCUGGAGGGGCCCUAGUCAUACCAUCAUUUCCUAGCUCAGGUGCGCAUAUAAGAUGCAGCAGGGAGAGUAUCACUGACACCUGGGACCAUCUGGAUCGUGCGACCAAAAAUGAACGAAAUGCUACUGAAUGGGUGAAGGGAUCAUAAACUUUUUGAGUGUGUACGU